AUGUUUGACAGUGUUGCUUUGGAGAUAACAACUCUAUGUCCAGAGAUCAUUGACGAAGAUUCUACUUUAACCGCAUCAUAUCAUAUGGCUGCUUUAAGCAUUUGUGUCUUUUUUCCUAAAGAAAAAUUUAGGAGAACAAAAGUUGGAGCUGGUGGCAACAUGUCUGGUCCAACAACUAUAAUUGAGCAAAAGAAAAAUCCUCUCCAAAGAGUGCCAUGUUCAAAGCCCCCUUUUACAGUUGGUGACAUUAAGAAGGCCAUCCCUCCUCACUGUUUUCAACGAUCUCUCAUUCGCUCAUUCUCCUAUCUUGUUCAAGAUCUCAUACUUAUCUCCUUUUUUUACUAUAUUGCCACCACUUACUUCCACCUCCUUCCACCCCCCUAUAGUUACCUAGCAUGGCCUGCUUACUGGAUCGUUCAAGGUUGUGUUUGCACUGGAAUAUGGGUCAUUGGCCAUGAAUGUGGCCACCAAGGCUUCAGUGAAUACCAAUGGGUAGAUGACACUGUUGGCCUUAUCCUCCACUCUGCACUUUUAACCCCAUACUUCUCAUGGAAACAUAGUCAUCGUCGUCACCAUUCCAACACUGGUUCCCUUGAGAACGACGAAGUCUACAUACCAAGGCUUAAAUCCAAACUAAGAUGGUACUACAAAUACUUGAAUAAUCCACUAGGACGAGUACUCGUACUUGCCUUCACCCUCACUUUUGGCUGGCCUUUGUACUUGCUCUUUAAUGUCUCUGGCAGAAACUAUUAUCGUUUUGCAUGUCACUAUGAUCCAUAUAGCCCAAUAUAUAGUGAUCGUGAGAGACUACAAAUCUACAUUUCAGAUGUAAGUGUGAUUGGAACUAUUUAUGUGUCUUAUCAUGUUGCUUUGACAAAAGGGCUAGCUUGGCUUGUAUGCAUCUAUUGGGUGCCUCUCCUUAUUGUGAAUGGGUUUAUAGUGUUAAUCACUCUGUUGCACCACACUCACUCUUCAUUGCCACAUCAUGAUUCAUCUGAGUGGCAUUACCUAAAAGGAGCUCUAGCUACGGUUGAUAGAGAUUAUGGUGUGCUAAAUAAGGUUUUCCACAAUGUUACUGAUACUCAUGUUUUGCAUCAUAUAUUCCCAAACAUAUCACAUUAUCAUGCAAUGGAGGCAACCAAAGCUAUCAAGCCAUUGCUGGGAGAAUACUACCAACUCGAUGAUACCCCAAUUUUUAAGGCAUUAUGGAGGGAUACAAAGGAGUGCAUCUAUGUGGAGAAAGAUGAAGGAUCCCUCAAUAAAGGUGUUUACUGGUACAAAAACAAGCUUUGA